GGCGGCCUGGCCCACAAUGAAUGGCCGCCGCGGCUGCCGCUGCUGCUGAGGCGGAGGCCCCGGAGGCCGCAGAGGCAGAGGCCGAGGCCGAGGCGCAGGGGGGUGCGCCCCGGGCCCAGGCCCGGCCCCAGCUGCCGCUGCGGAGCCCGCCGGGAGCGCCCGGAGCGCGGCCACGGCGCAGUGGCCGCCAUGGCGCAGAUGCUGCAGAUGGAGAUCCCGAACUUUGGCAACAGCAUCCUUGAGUGCCUCAAUGAGCAGCGGCUGCAGGGCCUGUACUGUGACGUGUCAGUGGUGGUCAAGGGCCACGCCUUCAAGGCCCACCGGGCGGUGCUGGCCGCCAGCAGCUCCUACUUCCGGGACCUGUUCAACAGCAGCCGCAGCGCAGUGGUGGAGCUGCCCUCGGCCGUGCAGCCACAGUCCUUCCAGCAGAUCCUCACCUUCUGCUACACUGGCCGGCUGAGCAUGAACAUGGGCGACCAGUUCCUGCUCAUCUACACCGCUGGCUUCCUGCAGAUCCAGGAGAUCAUGGAGAAGGGCACUGAGUUCUUCCUCAAGGUCAGCUCCCCGAGCUGCGACUCGCAAGGCCUGCAUGCCGAGGAGGCUCCGUCGUCGGAGCCGCAGAGCCCGGUAGCGCAGACGUCGGGCUGGCCGGUCUGCAGCACGCCGCUGCCCCUCGUGUCGCGGGUGAAGACGGAACAGCAGGAGUUGGACUCAGUGCAGUGCACCCCUGUGGCCAAGAGGCUGUGGGACAGCAGCCAGAAGGAGGCCGGCAGUGGCAGCGGCAAUGGUAGUCGCAAGAUGGCCAAGUUCUCCACGCCGGACCUGGCCUCCAACCGGACGCCCCAGCCGGCCCCGGUGGUGGCAGCGGCGGCGGCCGCCACAGGGGCGGCUGGGGGAGCGAUGAGCGGGCCCAGCACAUCAGAGCGGACCAGCCCAGGCACCUCCAGUGCCUAUACCAGCGACAGCCCCAGUUCCUAUCACAACGAGGAGGAUGAGGAGGAGGAUGCGGGCGAGGAGGGCACCGACGAGCAGUACCGGCAGAUCUGCAAUAUGUACACCAUGUACAGCAUGAUGAACGUCGGCCAGACAGCCGAGAAGGUGGAAGCACUCCCAGAGCAGGUGGCCCCUGAGUCCCGCAGUCGCAUCCGAGUCCGGCAAGACCUAGCAUCUCUGCCUGCUGAGCUCAUCAACCAGAUCGGCAACCGCUGUCACCCGAAGCUCUAUGAUGAGGGCGACCCCUCAGAGAAGCUGGAGCUGGUUACAGGCACCAAUGUGUACAUCACGCGAGCGCAGCUCAUGAACUGCCACGUCAGCGCGGGCACACGGCACAAGGUCCUGCUGCGGCGGCUCCUGGCCUCCUUCUUCGACCGGAACACGCUGGCCAACAGCUGUGGCACCGGCAUCCGCUCUUCCACCAACGACCCCAGACGCAAGCCACUGGACAGUCGCGUCCUCCACGCCGUCAAGUACUACUGCCAGAACUUCGCCCCCAACUUCAAGGAGAGCGAGAUGAACGCUAUCGCGGCGGACAUGUGCACCAAUGCCCGCCGCGUGGUGCGCAAGAGCUGGAUGCCCAAGGCCAAGCCACUGCACUUGGCUGAGGGCGACAGCUACAGCAGCUUCAUCAGUGACUCGUGCAAGAUGGAGCCUGACAUGAUGGGCAUGGAGCACAGCUUCGAGACGGCCAGCCACGACGGCGAGGCCGGACCCCUCACCGUCCCUUCGGCAGAGGUCCUCCAGUAAUGGGGGACCCCAUCCAGGGCACCACACACACCCCUCCCCACCACACCCACCCACCCUGGUCACGAGCUACUGUCUGCCCCUCCCUAAGACCCUUGGGGGGCGCUGCAUGCUCCCGGACCCUCUGCCCCCCCACCCCUUACCCUGUGAGCCGGGGUGGCGGCCGGGCGUGCUGGGGGAAGCUGGGAUGGGGGUGCAGUGGGGGACUCUGGGCCCCAGGCCUGCCCAGGGAGGGGUGGGCCUGGGGGGAGGGGGAACCCACAGCCCCUCCCCAGCCCCCUGGGACUCGGGACCAGGGUUCUCAGGACCCUCCACCUCCUCCCAGUGCUUCCAGUCUCCAAAAGCGCCUUCCUGCCCCUUGGGGCCUUCCCUGCACCUGGGGCUGUGGGAGGGGGGCCCCCCCCAGGAGCCCCAGGGUGGGCAUGGCUGCGGAAGUUUCCGCAGACUGCAGCCCGUGGUGGAUCUCGGCGACAGGACAGGUCUCCGUGCCCACGCGUGCGUGUCCGCGCGUGGAUGGCUUGAGUUGAGAACACGCAGGAGGAAGGGCAGUAAGACCAGGGUUGGGGCGCGGGUGGGUCGGGGCUCCCCUCGCCUGCCCCGGCCCCACACAGGGCUCCAGCCCCACCCCCUGUACAUACUUUUUAAGACAUUUUUUUAGCGAAUGAAAUAUUGAAGUAUAAGAUUUCCUUUUAUUUUUCAAACCAAUGGGACUGUGUCGGGGCCCGGGCCCUGGGGGCGUCUGCAGAAGGCAGCCAGGGCUGAAUGUGUGCAUGCCGGAGCGCGGAUGUGCGGCCGCCCAGGGCUCUGUGGGUGCCCAGCCCCCUCCCUCGCGAUGAGCUCCAGGGUGCCCAGGGCCUAGCCCAGGUCUGGCUGGCUGAGCCCACCUGGAUUGUUCUCGAUUGUUCCGGCUCUUCACUCCAUUCCUCUCUCUGUUCCAGCCCUCCCAGAGUUUUACCUGUGAACAGAGGGCUGUGGGUUUUUUUUUUUUUAAUUCCCUCCCCUUGAGUGUUGUUUCCUCAUCUCUGGGUUCCCUCUAGCCACCCCACCCGGCCCCUAGCUCCCACCUGCCUUUGGCUGCGGCCACCCCCCCAGAGAGGCAGGGCCUUGGGGAGAUCAUAGGAGGCCAGCAGCACCCCGGCCUGUUGGGGGUCCCUCCGAAAGUCCACUUGUCAUGGGGGUGGGGUGUCGGGGCCGGCUGGGGUCCCAACACCUUAGCCCCAGGUGGCCUGGGGGGAGCGGAUUCCCCCGCUAAAGCACAAGCACCUUAGUCGCACCCUCCCUAGCUUGACGCUGCCGGCGCUGAUCCCAAAGCACAAAACCUGCUCACUUGGCAGGCUGCGGGCAGGCUGCGGGGUGGCCCCCCCAAAGGAGGCAGGGGCUCCCCCUCCCAGGCCUUAGCAGAGGUGGUGGUGGUGGGUCCCUUUCCUGCCUAUUCAGCCCUCCGAGUUCCUGCAGUGCUGGGCUGGGUGGGAGGCAGAGCCUGCUAGAGGGGACCUGGGGGGCUCCUGGUCCCAGGACUGGUGAGGGUGCAGGGGAGGAAACUCCGUGCUAGGAGAGCCAAAGACAGGGUUGUGCCUUACCCCCGGAGCCACCCCUGCGCCCACCCCACCAACCCUCCCGGUGGCCAGCUGCUGCCCCCCUUCUGAGCUGCAUGGUGUCCCCCUCUCCCUUCACCCAUUCCCCCACCCCCGGCAGCCAGGAAAGACUAAAACGGAGAACCCCGUCUAGCAGACUGUAGGCCCUCCCUGCCUCGCUGGCCGCCUUGCACCCACCUCUUUCAUGGGGCCAGGCUGCCCACCUGCCCCAUGGAGUGCCAACGCCCUCCCUCCCCGCCCGGCGGUGCCAGUGAGAUUGCACAUUAACUACUGUAAGGAAAGGAGCGCGAUGGAAAUGUGAACCAGAGUCUCAGCGAUGCUGACCAGAAUAAACUAAACGCCUUUGUAACA